CCGGGAAGUGAGAAGGCGCGCCGGGGCCGUGUGUAGGCGCGCGUGCCGCACACAAAACAUUACAAAUUCAAAUAUAAUAUUAUAUAACCUUUUAUAUUUCACACAUUAUUUGUGUCCUCAAUAAGUGCAGGAAGAUGUCCGGCCGGCCGCACCCUCUCCCGCACUCACUCUCUCCGCACUAGUUAAAUUUGUUGUCAAAGAAACCGCGAUGUUAAGUUGAGAUAUAUUGAUUUUCCAGUGACGUGCGACAGUAACGGUGAAUGCGGAAUACGGCGUGUUCCCAACUUGUGUACUGCUUUAAUAUUAUUAUAUAUAUACACGAAUACAUAUGUACUGGCCGAUAUGUGCGCAUUCCUUGAGUGUAAAUACAUUUAUAUCAGAGGGAACAUCUCUGGAGACUCUGAAAUACUUCUGUAAAUAAAGUAAUAUUCAUUAAGUUCGGUGAUGUAAAGUGAUUCGAUUAAAAUUAUAAGAAAAUCUGGUGCAUGGAAGCAAAGAAAAACAAAGAAGAUAAAACUUGUUAAGUAAUCCUGCGAUCCUGGCUAUAACAAGCUGCAUGCGAGUGCUCAAGACUCUGCAGGGACCGCACGCGUGGCGGCACUAUGAAGCGAGAGGACUGAGUGCGGGCUGAGUGCGGCGAGGGCGCAUCGAGGGCGGAGCGAGGGCGCGCAGUGGCGAAGCGCUAUGGUUGGCACGGCGAGACGGCGGGCGCCGCGGCACGCGCUUUGAGAAUGGAAGGCGGGAGCGCCGCCGCGGCCGCGGAGGCCUACCAAUACGUCGGACCCUUCAGAUUGGAGAAAACUCUGGGCAAGGGACAAACUGGUCUGGUGAAGCUGGGCGUGCACUGCGUCACCGGGAAGAAGGUCGCCAUCAAGAUCAUCAACCGCGAGAAACUUAGCGAAUCCGUGCUCAUGAAGGUGGAGCGGGAGAUAGCGAUCAUGAAACUGAUUGAGCAUCCGCACGUGCUCGGCCUCUCCGACGUCUACGAGAACAAGAAGUAUCUGUACCUGGUGCUGGAGCAUGUGAGCGGCGGCGAGCUGUUCGACUACCUCGUGAAGAAGGGCCGCCUCACGCCCAAGGAGGCGCGCCGCUUCUUCCGCCAGAUCAUCUCCGCCUUAGACUUUUGCCACAGCCAUUCUAUCUGCCAUCGCGACCUCAAACCGGAGAAUCUGCUGCUGGACGAGCGGAACAAUAUUAAGAUCGCGGACUUCGGCAUGGCCUCGCUGCAGCCCGCAGGGUCGCUGCUCGAGACCUCGUGCGGCAGCCCGCACUACGCCUGCCCGGAGGUCAUCAGGGGCGAGAAGUACGACGGGCGGCGCGCGGACGUGUGGUCGUGCGGCGUGAUCCUGUACGCGCUGCUCGUGGGCGCGCUCCCCUUCGACGACGACAACCUGCGCCAGCUGCUUGAAAAGGUGAAGCGUGGCGUGUUCCACGUGCCGCACUUCGUGCCGCCGGACUGCCAGCAGCUGCUACGCGGCAUGAUCGAGGUCAACCCGGACAAACGUAUCACGCUGGCACAGAUCACGCGGCACCCGUGGGUGACAGCGGGCGGACGCGGCGAGCUCGAGCAGGAGUUGCCCAUGAUGGAGGUGGUGCAGACGCGCGUGCUGCCCGGCGCCGAUGCCCUCGACCCUGACGUGCUGCAGGCCAUCUGCAGCCUUGGCUGCUUCAAGCAGCGUGAUAAGCUCAUACAGGAUCUUCUCAGCCCCCAUCACAACACGGAAAAAGUGAUAUACUUCUUGUUGCUGGAGCGCAAGCGGCGGCGUCCGGCGCGCGACGACGAGCCGCGCCCGCCGGCGCCCGCGCCGCCCGGCGACCCCCCGCGCAAGCGCCUCGACACCUGCAGGGUGAACGGCCAGUCCGCCCAGUUCGGACAGAUCAGCGAAGGUUCGCCGAUAACCCCCAGGAGAUCGCAGAUCAGCAGGUCAUGUUCGGGGCGGCGGGAGGGACGCGAGGGGCGCAGUUCUCCGCAGCUGGCCGCGAGCCCGCCCGCCGGCCACACGCCGCACCGCGCGGCCUCGCUGGGCGGCAGCCCCGCCGCGCCCGGUGCCCCCGGAUCGCCGCUGGCGUCGCCGUCGCUGCGGGAGCACCACCACCAACGCGCCAACUCCAGCGGCCCCACCAUCAGCCUCAACAUCAGCGGCGAGCCGGGCGAGGCGGUCAUCAUCAUCAACGAGUCGCCGCUGCUCGGCGCCGCCCCCGCGCCCGCGCCCGCCCCCGCGCCCGCCUCCUGCCGCCCGCACAGCCCCGCGCAUGCGCACACGCACAGGGCGCGUGAGAGGUCGUCGCUGCCCGGCCCGCCCUCCUCUGCGCAGUCGGCCGCGCAGCCUUCGCUCUUCCCGAACCUGGCCACAUUGACAGGUAACGCUCUCCUCGUAGCUGCACUAGUGUCCUUACACUCACUCACCAGCUCUCGAAACUCUUCGUCGACACAAGCGUCUGCGGGAGGCGGAGUCGCGAGUGGCGCGGCGGGCGGGGCCCCGGCGGCGCCCUGGCGCGCACGUCUCGCCACCAUCAAGAACUCCUUUCUCGGCUCGCCGCGCUUCCACAGGCGAAAGAUGCAGACGUCGUCGGAGGAGGUUCAUCUGACGCCGGAGUCGUCACCCGAGCUUACGAAGCGCUCGUGGUUCGGCUCGCUGCUGCUGGCCGCGGACAAGGAGGAGACCUUCACUGCGCUCGUCAAGGGCAAGCCGCUCGCCACCGUCAAGGCGGACCUCAUACACGCCUUCCUCAGCAUAGCGGAGCUGUCCCACAGCGUGCUGGGGCCCAUGUCCUUCCGCGUGGAGUACAAGCGCGGCUCCAACGCGCCCGCCAUGUUCCAGAGGCACGUCAGGUUUCAGGUGGACAUAUCGACGAUAACGAAGGCGCCCGGCGAGAACGGCAAGGAGUACCUGUACGCCAUCACCUUCACCCUGCUCUCAGGAAACAUCCGGCGGUUCCGGCGCGUGUGCGAGGUGGUGCAGGCGGCCGUGUGCCGCGCGCCCGGCGCAGGCCGCGCGCCCGCCCAGCCGCCGCGCGCGCUGCACCCGCCCUCUCCGCGCGCGCCCCGCAGGCACCUCGUCCUCGCCCACGCAUCGGGCGAGAUCCCCGACAGCCCCGACCCGCCGGCGCAGUCAGACCACGACAGCGACUCGUCCGCUUUCGAGCCCAACAAGAGCCCAAGCCGCUCCUCCAUCGAUCACCUCGACCAGAACGGCGCACACCCGCUGGGCUCUAGCUCCUCCGUCACCAGCGGUUCCAGCGGAUACAAACAGCCGGGCGGGUGUGGCGGGUCCGGGGGGCGCGGCGGGCGCGGGCGGCGCACGGAGCCGGCAUCCGCUUCCCUUGACCACGAGAUCAUGAGCUGCGGCCGCGACCUGCCAGGCACGCACACGAAGCGUUCGUCAUCGGAAUGCCGGGAUGCAAACUGUUCCCCGCGACGAGGGCUGGACUGCAGCUCGCGCGAGCGCGACUCUGCGCGCGACCUGCUGCGUCGUCACAACUCCUUGCGGGACGCGCCCGCGCCCUCCGCAGCGCCCACGCCUCCUCCCGCCACCUGCGCCGGCGCCGAGCAGCGCGCGUGACUCGCCCCGCCACCGCAGCCGCCGCCCUGUGCCCCGCGCGCGACGCCUGACGACAACGGACGCUAGUGACUCUACAUAGCAGCCUCCUAUCUGUAUGACCAGAAACCUGAAAGCUUUAUAAUCAAGUUUAAAUGAAUACUAUGUUCGAUGCACGCGUAGUGCUGUUGUUGUUUUUUAAAAGUUUAAAUACAUAUGUACAUGCCAAUAUUACACGUAAACUUCAUAUAUGUAUGUACAUGUUAGCGGAAAUGUUUGAAACUUAGGAAUUACUUAUAACUCUCAAGAUAACAUAACAUAACAUAAAGUUUAUUUAAUAUAAUACACAUAUCCUGAAUCGUGUACGCAUUUCCUAGGAAUUGUAUAAAAUUCUGAUAUUUUAUUAGGCAAUAUAGUAAUUUCUGUGAAUAAUAUGAACAUGUGUAUGUACAAUACUUUAUUUCACAUAUUUCCCAUUUUAGAAAUUGCAUAAAAUAAAGCAUUACAUACAUUUCCGUUAACAUAUAUUAUAUAUACGUAUUUCCGCAUCGUGCCGCACUGGGCCCACCCUCGCCGCACUGGGCCUACCCUCGCCGCACUGGGCCUACCCUCGCCGCACUGGGCCUACCCUCGCCGCACUGGGCCUACCCUUGCCGCACUGAGCCUAUACGUGCCGCUCUGGGUCGACCAGCGCGUCACUGGGCGCGCCGAUCUCGACCGUCGUCACGUUGCGUCGCUGAAAAUGAUAUUAUUUUUUUAUCUUUAUAUAGCAAAUUAAUAAUAUGAAACCGAGUAACUAAUGUCCAUUGCAAUGAGUAUUGUUAGGAAGUAAAGUACUACUAUGGAGUCUGGCGCGACCUUGUAGAUCGCACACCGCCUCUAUGCGAGCGCAGGCUGUUACGCUACUUACAAUCUGUUUUGCUAAGU